AUGAACUUGAUAUUUUCAUUCAAACUGCUCAUGUUGCAACUUCUUCAAAUAAGGUUAGAUGACAUUACUGUCAAGUUUGGUCACACUAAAAAGGUAUGUAAAAAGAAGAAAUCUGACGAGGCUUCUAAGGCUUCUGAUUCUCCUAAUGCGGUUGUACCUACUCCAUCUUUUCCUCAGGCUCCUACUUCAACAAAUAAGCCUAAUAAGUCUGCAGCUGGUGGUCUGGCAAAUGGGGAGAAAACUUCUGGGUAUGGUUUUGGAACUUUGAAAUUACAAGCUAAUAAUUAUGUUAUCGAUGUUCAACAUACUGGUUUUGUUCCAGCUUUAAAGAUGAAUUUAAUUAAUCCAAAAUCAUUCCCUGCUGAUGAUAAUCUGAUUACUAUUACAACCAAGUCUGUUACACAUUCUACUUUUGGUACAUAUGAGAUUAAGUUGGAGUGCACAUUAGAUAUUAUUAUGCCAAUGCCUGAAAUUAAUUCUAUUGUUAAGUCCAAGCAAUUAUCCAGAUUUCAUUCAUCUUUUGGUCAUCCCAACCCCGCCUCUUUCUAA